AUGUACUAUGUGCGUUAUUCUCAACAUGUAUUCUGCGUAGCAUGUAGACAUCUAAUCACAAGUCUGUUCCAGAUAAAUUAAUUCAGAUAAAUAGUUUGUGUAAACACUGGGCUAGAGCCCGGUCUGAUCCACGAAGACUCGUUUUUUUUACAUUCUGUUUUUAAUUUCUUAUUAAUCAAAAUAUUUGUCAUUAAUGCAUGACGAAUUUAUCGAGAUUCAUAGAUUUCUACAAACAUUCGAUUAAUUUUAUUAUCGUCAUUGUUAUCGAAAAUCUAAUGUGUUUCUGCAUCCUCUUCUGUCGCAUCUCUGAUGGUUAUGUUCAUGUAACAACAAAGGUGCAUGACAGAAAUUCAAGAGUGUUUCUACAACAAAGUGCUCGAGGAUGAAGAACUAUUUAGGAAAAACAGGCAAUAUUGCCUGGUCUGGUUCUCCUCGUUUCUGAUACAGUGAGCAUUGACGUACAUGUAUAUCUUUCCAAAGAAAAUGGACAAUCCCUCGACCUCGUCAGCCACCAGUCCUACUCCCCAGGAUCUUCAGAGGAAACUGUAUUUCCUGGUGGAGCAGUUGCAGCAAAUGGCUGGAGAGCUCCCAGCGCAGUAUCAGAUGCGACUGCCGUAUGAAUUGCUGUCCGGCCUAGCAAAUUCGUUGUUAAACGACACUAUCUUCGAGAUAGUGAAAGGAUUGAUGGAAAUACAGCAUGUGACGGAGAAGCACCUCUUCCAGCAGCGACUGCAGCUUGUGAAUCAGCAGAAGAUCGAGUCUGAAGAAGCGCUGUCCUCUGCGACGAAGGACGAUGAGCUGUCGGCGAUGAAGACCUCGCUGGAGAAGAAGCACAAGGAGGAAUUGAAGGAAAUGGACAUGAACAUAAUAUUGCAGCUGGAUCAAAAGGUAGCGGAUCAGCAGGGCAUAUUGGAAAAGGCUGGGGUACCUGGAUUCUACGUGACGAACAAUCCACUGGAGAUUCAAGUCCAAAUGAGGCUCUGUGACUUUAUAAUCAGACUUAGUAAGAUGGACGUGCCAAGCUGACACGAAUGUUAUCUUUUAUGCAAUAUUAAACUAGUUGGAUUGUAUUUAUCUUCUACCUCGUGGAGAUACUUAUUAUAGUUGCUAAUUAUUAAUAAUUAGUAAGCACUAAGGACAGUUCUGUACAGUUGCACGCGUUUCAAAACUUUCGUUCAAAAUAAGAGAAAUCUUCUUCAUGUUACGUGGAUAGAUGUAAUAUAAACUGCGUGAAAAACAUUUUGACAGAAUAAACGUAAUAUAUGUUUUUUA